GGCGGCCGGCGGGGUGCUCCUGGACAACUACUACACGCAGCCACUGUGCACGCCGUCGCGGAGCCAGCUGCUCACCGGUCGCUACCAGAUCCAUACAGGCUUACAACAUCAAAUAAUCUGGCCCUGUCAGCCCAGCUGUGUUCCUCUGGAUGAAAAACUCCUGCCCCAGCUUCUCAAAGAAGCAGGCUACAGUACCCAUAUGGUCGGGAAAUGGCACCUGGGAAUGAGAGUGCCUUCCAACGCGCCGAGGCUUUGACACCUACUUUGGAUAUCUUCUAGGGAGUGAAGAUUACUAUUCCCAUGAGCGCUGUACACUAAUCGAAGCUUUGAAUGUCACACGAUGCGCUCUUGAUUUUCGAGAUGGUGAAGAAGUUGCAACAGGAUACAAAAAUAUGUAUUCAACAAACAUAUUUACUGAAAGGGCUACGACCCUUAUAACUAACCACCCACCAGAGAAGCCUCUGUUUCUCUACCUUGCUCUCCAGUCUGUCCACGAGCCCCUUCAAGUCCCUGAGGAGUACCUGAAGCCAUACGACUUCAUCCAAGAUAAGAACAGGCAUCACUAUGCAGGAAUGGUGUCCCUUAUGGAUGAAGCAGUAGGAAAUGUCACUGCAGCCUUAAAAAGUCGUGGGCUCUGGAACAACACGGUGUUUAUCUUCUCCACAGACAAUGGAGGGCAGACCUUGGCUGGAGGCAAUAACUGGCCCCUACGAGGAAGAAAAUGGAGCCUGUGGGAAGGAGGUGUGCGAGGGGUAGGCUUCGUAGCAAGCCCCUUGCUCAAACAGAAGGGUGUGAAGAACCGGGAGCUCAUCCACAUCUCCGACUGGCUGCCAACACUUGUGAAGCUGGCCGGAGGCCACACCAAAGGCACCAAGCCUCUGGACGGCUUCGAUGUGUGGAACACCAUCAGCGAAGGAAGCCCGUCCCCCAGAACGGAGCUGCUGCAUAACAUUGACCCGUACUUCGUAGACUUUUCACCGUGUCCUGGGAACAGCAUGACUCCAGCAAAGGAUAAUUCUCUUCCAGAAUAUUCAGCCUUUAACACAUCUGUCCAUGCUGCAAUUCGACAUGGAAAUUGGAAGCUGCUCACUGGCAACCCAGGCUGUGGUUACUGGAUCCCUCCACCAUCUCAAUACAGUGUUUCUGAGAUACCCUCACCAGACCCACCAACCAAGACCCUCUGGCUGUUUGAUAUUGAUCAGGACCCCGAAGAGAGGCGUGACCUGUCCGGAGAAUAUCCCCACGUGGUCGCCAAGCUCCUGUCCCGCCUGCAGUUCUACCAUAAGCACUCAGUGCCCGUGUACUUCCCCGCACAGGACCCCCGCUGUGAUCCCAAGGGCACUGGGGCCUGGGGCCCGUGGAUGUAGGAGUCCAGGCAGGCUAGAAACCUUUCUGCUGCAGGUAGGCCCUCAGCUUCCACUCUCCUCUCAUUGUUUCUCCCCCGCUGAGUUCACCUGGCCCUUGUCCUGCUCUUCAACCACACUGAGGUGUCUGCCUCCAACCCCUGGAGCACUGAAGGAGCGGAGAAAAGCUGGAGACUCCCGCUGUUGGCCAGGCAUGUGGCUAGAUCCGAAGGGGGCUGGGUUCAUCCCCUUUUCCUCAGCUUGGCAUUGCUGGGAACUUGACGAGAGCAGGAGUUCUCCUCGUGUCCUGGAGGCUGGAGCAGCUGGCUCUUCUUGCUCACAAGUCAGACGUUAGAUUUCCCUCUGCCAAUAGCUGAUUUUAUUGGAGUGACUCACAUUUCUUGUAACAAAUGAAGGGCACAGACGCUCGUUAAUGGUCCCACUGGCCAGGGGCUCUCCCUGUCUGUGAGAGAUCAAGCUAAGGCAUUCCGAGUGCAUGACCCCUCGGUUCACUCACUCAUCUUGUCAGGGAGCGUUAGGCUCCCUCGUUGUUAAGGUCCACAUGGCAACGUGCCUGCACCUCCGUGUGGGUUUUUAUAAUAAGGAAAUGUGUUUUUAUCUUCAUUUUCCCCCAACCAUUGCUCAUUCUGUCUAGACUUCCUGCCACCCCCAACUCCCCUGUGGCUCUUUCUUGCCUUUCUUUUUGACUCCGAUGCUCUGUGCCUAAGGCCACUUGCUCCUCUCCUCUGGGCACCCUGGUUUUUGGAACACUGUGGAGCCAUGCCUUCCUUUUGCCCCUAGUGCUGGGGCUGGAGCUGGAGCCUCCCCAGAGAGGGCGGUCGAGUCAGUCCGUGAGCAUGCCC